AUGUCUAUGAUAUUCACCAACGGUGUAUGCUAUGGAAAUGACAACGGACUGUUAGCUUUACUGAAGGGAUAUUCUGCAUUGAUUCCUCCACUCCAUCUUAAAUUUCCUGUUCAAUGUUCAUUUACUGAGGUACACACUUUUCUUUUACACCAGGUUUUGCUCGACCAGCACUUGGAGCAGUAUCCACCUUCUGGGAGAUACCAGCAUUCAUUUUGGAAGUGGGCAAUUGAACACCUCGAACGAAUGGACAAAGACUCGGACGAAGAGGACGGCGAGAUCGACACACGAAUUUAUGACCGUUAUUUAUUCCUUAUGUCGGGUUCAAUCGGUCCUGGUGCUCCCCCACCGGACUCAUAUAUGACAUAUUACUGGAAGCCUUCAAGUUCACUUGGUUCUGCCAAUAGAAACAGUCACGAGACCAUAACAUUACUCGAGUCUCGCACCACCAUCGAGAGCGGAACGACAGGGCUUAGGACCUGGUAUGCAAGCUUCGUCCUUGCCAGUUAUCUCAUUGUGAAUGCCGACAUUAUUCGUGAUCAAACGGUCCUCGAGCUUGGUUGCGGAUCUGGUUUUCUUGGGAUUAUUGUGGCGACAAUACAACAAAAAUUUAACGAGCGUCAUCAAUCACGUCGUCAGCCGUUGCCUGCAGUACUGCUGACUGAUGUGAAUGCCGCAGUGCUUUCAAGGUGUCGCGACAAUAUCCAACUUCGUUGCAAUCAGUCAUCAAAUCACCCAAAUAUCACCUUCUCCACUCUUGACUGGUUCGAUGCCCUUUCCCUACCCGGUGAGAACGUGAUGAAAGCAUUUUUAUCCAAAGCGAACGUGGGCGUUGUGAUUGGUGCUGAUGUAGUAUUUGACCCAAUUCUGGUCCCACCUCUAGUUGCAACAUUGCGCCUUGCACUUUCCUUCGAGAGCACUCGAAUGGUAGUGGUGGCGCUAACAGUCAGAAAUGAGCAGACUCUUGCGCAUUUUGUGACAGAGGCCGGUGAGCAGUCCUCGACCUUUGUCGUGUGGUGA